AUGCAAUCUGAUUUUGAAUGGAUGGUUCCCAUUGAAGUGAUGUUGGGUUCUCUCAAUCAUGGAGAAGUCCAAGCAUGCAGCAUUUCCAGCGUUCCAGACAAACUUCGAGAAGCAAACAAAGAUGCUUACCAACCAAAAGAAAUCUCCAUAGGUCCCUUACAUAGAGGAGCCACAAGACACCUUCAAUUAAUGGAAGAACCAAAAUGGCAUUACAUGCGUGAGUUUCUUGAACGGCAAGGAACACAACCGGAACAAAAUAGAAGAUCGGAAAUAAGGUUAAGAGAAUGUGGAAUUGACAUUCUCAAGUUAGAUCAAAUCAUUUGUGCUAGUUAUGGUGGAAGCAACAACAAGAUCAUUGAAGAUAUAGAAUCACAAGAAAUCGCUAAAAUAAUGAUAAUAGAUGGUUGUUUUCUGUUGGAGCUUCUCAUUAGGCUUGGAGAUUACAUGGAUAACCAAUCAACAACUUCUUAUAACAGCGAUCCAAUCCUUAAAACCGAGGAAAAGGUGUUAUCGGUCUUAAACGAUAUAGCAAUGCUUGAGAAUCAAAUUCCAUUUAUUGUUCUUAAGAAAUUAUAUAGAAAGGUGUUUCCUGAUGGAAUUGAGAUCAAAGAUGAUCAUCGCGUUGCUAAUAUUGUUCGUAAGGCCUUUGGUUAUCCUUUGACGAGUAACUCGGGGGGUGCUCAUAUACUUCAUUUGAUGCAUCUCUCUACUGUUGAACAAAACCAACAACAUGAAGGGAAAAAAGGCGAAGCUAGAAUUAUUGUGCUUGAUUUUGGAGUGUUGGAAAUUCCACCGUUACAUGUUAAGGAAACAACAGAAGUGAAAUGGAGAAACUUGAUUGCUUGGGAGCAAAGCAAGAUUUGGAUUAGAUGCCAAUACACUUCUUAUGCACUUUUUUUCAGUGGUUUGAUAUGUUGUGGGCAUGACAUUGAGUUGCUUUUGGAAAAAGGGGUUAUUGUGAAUGAGUUGAACAAGAGCAAUGAAGAUUUGUUGGCACUAUUUCGCACCAUUUCGAAUGGAGCUGAACAUAUGGAUUUGAGUUUUAGUGAAAUAUGUGCAAGGUUGAAUGUGUAUGACUACAAGGGAAUGAAAAUUAAUAAGGUGUUGCAAAAAAUCCCAAUAAGAACAUGGCAUAAAUGUAGGUGUAUUUUUGAGAUGGUUGAGUACUAUGGGAGAAACUGGUACAACAUUUUGAUACGUGACCAUAUACCAACGGUGUGGAAGUUCAUAGGAAUUUUGGCAGCUGCAAUGCUCCUUGUUCUCACCAUCAUGCAGACAUAUUAUUCAUCCCACAAUGGCUAA